UAUAGGGUAGAAUUGCAGAGAUAAAAAAUCAUGGCUACAUCGACUCUGCAGUUGGAGUUCUCACAGGCCAUGGCCGACUUCAAAAAGAUGUUCCCUGACAUCGAUCGCGAAGUAAUUGAAGCUGUGCUUCGCGCGAAUCUCGGCGCAGUUGACCAAACAAUAGACCAACUUUUGGCCAUGUCAACGGAUAACCAGAACGAAAAACUGCGAAAUGAACUGGACGCUAAUGUCUCACCACAACAGAGUCUCAUCAAUCUGAACGAUUCGGACAAAGACCUACGACGAAAUGCCUCGGUCGUUGGCUCUCAACAAACGGAGCAACUCAUCGAUACAACGGAUGGCGUGGGCAGUAAUACACGCACAGAGAGCGCCGUGGCAAGCGCAAAUAGCACAACACUGCUCAACACAGCUGUCGCUUCUCCGAACCAUCACAAUACGGGCGCCUCGCCCAAGCAACGACCUCUGGGUGCAUCGAACAAGUUGAAUACAAGCAGCAACAGCAAUACGCCCACAAAGCGUAGUCACAUGGUCACCCUGUCCAACAGCAGCACUCCAAGGCGCUGGAAUCCGCCUAUGUUAGGUGCACUGCCUCAGGGAUUUUUGCGUGUGACGCCUGUUGCUGGACAGCAGGACUUUGAACUGCCCGACGAGCAAUUCGCCCUAAUGCUGCAGAACGAGGAGUUCAUGAAUCAAUUGCGCUGGAAUCAAGACUUUAUGAACGCGUUAGAGAAGGAGCAGAGCGGCAAGGCUAAGGGCGAGGAUGAUGCGGCAUUUAAGGAGCGACUUAAGAACAUGGGCAAGAUGUCACGCAAGAAAUUCCUACAAAUGGCGCGCGUCUUCACCUGGCAACGCAACAAAAAGGUAACGACCGCAAAGCAGAUUGAUUCGUUGCCCUUGCGUGAGGAACCCAGCGACGAUGAGGACCACCAUCAUCAUAAUCAGCGACAGCAGCAGAAUGCACAGCAAUCUCAGCAACAGCAUCAAGGGCAAUUGCAGUUGCGCAAGUAAAUGGCGACGAUUCGCGUCUCAUUGUUUGUUAUCUUAUCUCAUCGGGCCAUACGUCAAGGUCAUAUAUUUACUUCUAGGUACAUAAGGUGGUAUAUAUAUGUGCGUUAGUAAUCUCUCGUUUUACGUAGCAAUCUCAGCAUACCCAAGAAAAAUCUCCACAGAAAUGACGCUAUACAUAAAUACGCAUAUGUAUGUAUGAUUGUAGUUUUUAAGUUGUUUUAAGCGUAAUAACCUAAAGUGCAAUUUCCCCUACUAUUCCCCCUCUAACCCAGUAACUCAAAACAGUGCAAUACAUAUUAUCCGCGAAUACGUCUAUAUAUAUACUAAUACUAAUAUCUGUACAUGUAUAAGUUUUUACCUACAACUUUUUCGUUGUUGCCAAAUUAGCGUAAUUAAGUUUUACUGGAUUUUUUAUUAUGAACAUUUUUAAAAUGCGGCUUUCGGCCAUGUUUGGUGGCAGCUUAAAGGCUGCUUGUUCGUUUGAACAUGGAGUUGGACUGAUUACGAAAGCGUUUAUUUAUAAUAAUUUAACAUCGCCUAAAAAAGAACAAAAACAAUUAUUCUUACACGUAAACCAUACAUAUAUUUAAUUCAAAACACUAGUCAUUAAACAAACGGCAAUUCAAGUGCACUCAAACAUCCACAAGUUGUACAGUAAUGAGAAAUAUUUGUAUCUUUACAUGCCCCCCGACCCCAUUUAAUCAAGAGUAAGCUUCUUGCAUAAACUAUCGUAUACUAUACAUACACAUAUACUUAGAAGAGCGGCAGAAUAAUGUUUUCUAAAAUGCCAUAUCAACAGUGGAUAUUAUAGAAACCAUAAGCUAAAAGUAAACUAAAAGCAGAGCAGACUAAGGCCUGGCCUCUCAAUGGCCGAUCAGGUUGCCAAUUUAAUUUGCAACAAUUUUUUUAAUGUGCGGUACUAUUCAACUUUUUAAUGUAAGAAAUCUAUGCGGAUCAUAUCUGAUCGGACGUUGAGAAGUAGAGUCUAAAUUAUUCAAAGUUAUCACACAAAAAUUUACAAAACGAGUGCAUAAAAUUAGCAGAAAUUAUUAAAAUUCUUAAAGCCAUUUGAUUGUAUGUAAUUGUAUUAUACAUAAACUAAUUAAAUCUAUUAAUACGCUUAUAUGAUGCUUGAAAAUUGUGGGCUUUAAAAUAAUACAUAUUCAAAUGCCUACCCCUUAUUAUUAAAUAUUUUGUCCAUGAAGUACAUCAAUAUUGGCAUUUCCCAAUGUAGUGGACAAAACCCCGUCUUAAGCUUACGAUUUUCGGGCGUUGUAUUAAUCUGGUAUUUGCCUAUUAUAUUCCAAGUAUGAAAUACAGCUAAUAAAAUACUUUCGAACCAA